UUUGUAGAAAAAUUUUAUAUUUAAUUCAUCAUUAGUUUAUCUCAAUAUAAUAUAAACAAAAAAAUGUUUCUCAGGGAACAUAUUUUUAUUUUUGUAUUCUAAAUAUGUUUUUUAAAUUAAUAAAAUCUAAUAAAUGUACCUCGUUUUGUAAAUUAUCAUCACAAACAUUAUCUGAAAAUAUUCACACUUGUCAAAUAUCUGCUGCAAAUAAUGUACCAUUUUAUAAUGAUUAUUACCAUAGCAAUUUUGCAACGAAAUUGGGACGAAGAUUAAGAAAAGUUUCAGUAAUAAUCAAUCAAAAACACAUUAAUUCUGUGAUAGCAGUUUUAAAGAAACACAAUAUCGACACCAGGCAUCUUCAUAACAGAUCUAGGAUUUUUCACCAUACACCAUGGGCAAUUGAACAAAAAAUUAUGCUUUUAGAAGAAUUGGGAACUGCUAAUAUUACAACUAAAACUUUAAUGCUCUUUCGCAGAAGACUAUUAUUACCUGUUAACAUUUUCAAGAUGUAUAUACCACUACCUCAAGAUAAACCUCUGGCUGAUAAUUUAUUUGCAUAUAUCAAUAAUUGUAAUACAGAUCCUGAAGAAAUAGGUAUACAUGAGAAUCAGACAACAAAAUUGUAUCUCCAUCUAUGUUUAGUUCAUUAUAUUAAAGAUAAACUUGAGCUUAAUCCAUUACAAGUAAAUAUAUUGAAAAAUAGAAAGAAUAAUGCAUUCUUAGUUCAAAGUUUUAGAUUAUUUUCUAGAAAUUUAGAAUUUCUACGAGAUGAUGUUAAAUUAUCUAAAAAAAAAAUAAUAAGACAUUAUUUUACACUAUUGUCACGGCAUCCUGAUCAGUUACAGAUUAUUUAUAAUUUAGUUACAGAGAUUGCCAAUGAACGUGCCCAAUUAAUUGCAAUACAGUAUCCACCUAUGUUUGAACAUAAUCUUGAUGAUUUUAAAAUUAUUGUAUCAUUUUUGAAAAAACAUGUAAAUCAUCCUGAAAAAAUAGCCACUUGUCAUAUGAUUAGAAUUUUUCAAAUAACAUCUGACGAAUUAAAGAGGAGAUUUGAUUACUUUUCAAAAAAUUAUUACACUCAAAAUUUAGUGAACCAUCCAAAAUUUAUUAAUUUGAUUUCACUUUAUCAUUCUGUACUCCCAAGAUUAAGAUAUCUGGAAGAACAAAAUUUACAAUAUGCAACAAUACAAUCACUUACAACGUAUAAAGCAAAUUACCAUGAAGAUUUAGUAACUUUUAAAAGCUUGAAUGUGAAUGAUAUAAAAAGUUUUUUUCAUGUAAACUUUGGCAAUGAUGCUUGUGAAGCAUUACAAAUAUUCAAGAAGCACGUUUAUUAUAAAUUUGUUACUUUGUAUUCAAUGAGAAAAUCUUUAGAUUAUCUAAAGGGAAUAUUUCCUGGUGAUAUGAUAAAAGAAUAUAGUUAUGCCAUUUUGUAUAAUGAAAAAACGAAUUUUUCUUUCAGAAUGGAUCUUCGAGCUGCUUAUAAAGAGGUAAUGAAAAAUCCAGAUUAUUGCAAACUUCCACCUAAUCAAUUGUUAACAUUGUGUUUGUACAAAAUAGAAUUGAAUAGUCAUUUUACGGGUGAUCCUGUAUUGGCACCUGGGAAAUAUUCCGAAUUGUUGAAAGAUAAUGUCUACCAGGUUGAACAAAUAAGCAAAGUUAAAGAAUAGUGAAUUUUGUAUAUAGACUUAUUUUUUAUAAAAAUGAUUUGUUACAAACUGAAAGUAUUAUUCCAUUCAAUAUUUUCACUAUUUGCAGCCAAUGGACAAGUGCAAUAUUACUUGUUUCAAAAAAUCACGCACUCGUUUUGACAUAUCGGUGUCUCAGUCUGGUUAUGAGACUCACCGUCAACAAUAAAAGCUAAAACUAAAUUAAAUCGGUUUUAAGGACCCUAUAUUCUUCUAUAGAUAUAUAAACCAAUGUAAAUUAAUAGGUCGUCUUUGCUCCAAGGUUUAACCAUGAGUGUCUCACUUCGAGCAGUGCUCGCAAUCAGAAAAAUAAAAUAUAAGUCGAUAGUUUUUACCGAUCGAAGGACUCAAAAUCUAUUUUAGAUUAUUUGGUCUAUUUAGUUUUCUUUUAAAUAAAUGUUUGAAAAAACCAAUAGACCGGUCGAUCCAAAAUUAAUUCAUAGUAUUUUGGUCUAUAAAAACUAUCGACAUAUUUUUUCGGGUUGCAAGUACU